CCUCAGGCCAACUGAAACAGUCUCUAGCGGUCCCUCAAACAACAAUCACCGAUCAAGAAUGCUCCGUCUUUUGCACAUACCUCAGGCCGAUCCCAACCCCAUUCUGCUGGCUGGCUCGCCAUGGCCCAUGAUUGUGAUUCUGGUGGUUUAUCUGCUGUUCGUCCUAAAACUGGGCAAGAUCUUCAUGAAAAACCGCAAGCCAUACGACUUGAAAACAGUCCUCAAGGUCUACAACUUAUUUCAGGUGCUCUACAAUGGCGUCUACUUUGGAAUGGUAUUCUACUACAUGUUCAUCGUGGGCAUUUGCAACCUGCGCUGCAUUGAGAGCUUUCCCCAGGGACAUGAGCGAAAGCAGCUGGAGCGAGUGUUGCACGCCGCUUACCUGCUAAACAAGGUGCUCGACCUCCUGGAUACCGUGUUCUUCGUGCUGCGAAAGAGCUAUAAGCAGGUCACCUUCCUGCAUGUGUAUCACCACGUGUUCAUGUCCUUUGCCAGCUACGCUCUGACCAGAUAUUACGGCACCGGGGGACAUCUAAACGCCGUGGGAUUGCUCAACUCCCUGGUGCACACGGUCAUGUACUUCUACUACUUCCUGUCCUCGGAGUACCCCUCGCUGAGGUCCAAUGUGUGGUGGAAGAAGUACAUAACUCUGACCCAGAUCAGUCAGUUCAUCAUACUCCUCGGCUACGCCGUCUACGUGCGAUUCUUCUCGCCGAACUGUGGGGUCCCCCACGGGCUCCUGUAUCUGAGCAUGCUGCAAGGCAGUGUCUUCAUCUACCUGUUCGGAAAGUUCUACAUCCAGGCCUAUCUGCGACCGGCGAAGGCAAAGCGAUCGUAGGCCUUAGCUAGAACUUAACCUUCCCUUGUACCCUGAAUAUUUGUAUAUGCGCAUUCAAUUAGUCGAUGUAUAUAACUCAGCACUCGCCUCUUACUCUAACACUUUCUUAAUAAAACGGUAUUGACCUAA